AUGGAAGAAGAAUCUCAGUACAGUUUGAAAAUCAACGGCGAAGAAGACUUCUACGAGAAGAUCGAGGCUCCGAAGUUCGUGGACCUUAACGCUCCUGAUCACGACCACCCUGGCGAUGACCGAUACUGGUUCUGCUUGCGUGUUGGAUGUGAUCAAAAGCACGAAGAAGAAAUGGAUUCGGAAGCAAUCUACAAAAAUUUUGUUCUUCGGGUUAUGGCUGCAAGGAGUCCCAACAUACGGCUUCGGAAAGCACUGUACAGAAAGGAUUCAAGUGCCAAUAUUAAAUGUCCCCAGACAGUCCCGGCAAAAUCUUCAAAACCUCGAGUAUCAAGAUUGGCCCUGAUUUCCUCAAUAUCUAAAAGAAUGGUCGAUCCAAAAGUGAAAGUCAAACCUCUUGCUAAGCAAAAUGCAACACCAAAUGCGAGGGCAAAGCAAUCUUCUGUUGUAUCCAAGGCUCUGACUACUCCAAGGAACAAAAAGCAACUGUCAAAUCCUGAUGCGUUUCGAAGUGUUAGGAACCCAAAACCAAAAGCCAUUGCAAAUAGUAGAGUGGUAGCAAAGGCAUUAUUUCAUUCUCCUAAGAAGUCAUUGAGGAGAAAGACUUCAAUAGAAUUGGAUACAACUGUCAAGAAAAUAUAUGCUGGUAUGAAGAAGCUUGAGAUCACUGAUGGAAAGAAGCAUGCUUUGGUGUGUAAUACACCAUUGCCUUCAAAUGCUCUAAGAAAACAACCACGAGGACGAGAGGUUAAAAGCAGAGUUUAUGAUGGGCUGGUUUCCCAAAAUUGUAAGGGGAAGGAAUCCAAAUCUUCCAAAUGUUUGAUGAAAAAGAACAAGGGAAAGAACUUAAAGCAGUAUCAUGGUCCUAUGCCUCGAGAAGGGGCUGAAAAUGAUUUCGGUGACAUGGAGAUUGAGGAAAAAUCAAGAAACGGUUCUCUGGGAGUCUGCUCUACUGAUAAAUGUGAUGAAGGAAAUAAUGCACAUGAACGGCCUUUAACAACUGUAAAAAUAGAACCAUCUGUGGUUGAGAAUAAAUUUGAAGCUUUGUCAGAUGCCAAUGGAAAUACCCAGUCAAAUUAUGAAGAGAGAGACUUGGGAGAAAUUGAUGUUCCUGAACUUCUUGCUUCAAGUGAAGAGGGCAAUGAGACCAACGAAAGACAUGGUGAAGAAGACGAAAUGAACUCGACUUUGGAUAAAGGCACUGAUGGCACCAUGGAUAGUAACGAUAGAAAACACACUUUGAUCUCAGAUGACAAGGAAAAUGACAGUGAAGCCAUAGAUUGCUACAAUAAGGAAAAUGCUUCAGCCUCUGAUGAUAAUAGAGAAAUGGAUCUUAAUACUGGCCACUUGAAAAGACAAAGCCUUGGCAAGCAUGAGAGCGUAAAGAGCACUCAAAAGAUUGCCAAAGCAAUGACGAAUCCAUCGAAAGAGAGCUUCAUUACUGAUGCCAUUGGUGUUCAAGUACUGAAACAUAGAAAACCUAAGCCUACAAAUCCCAAGCCUUUUCGGCUAAGGACUGAUGAAAGAGGGAUUCUUAAGGAAGCAACCUUGGAGAAGAAGCUCCACCCUGCUCCUCUGAAAGAAAUCAUGACAGUUAUGAGGUUCCCAGGAGGGAAUUUACAGAAGAAACAGAAUGCAUUGCUAAGAAACGACAAGAGCCUUGAACAAACUGAAUCAGCUAAUGACACUCUGGAAGCAUGUAAAAAGGAAAGAAACACAACACAGAAGGAAAAACAUCAAAAUCAGACUUCCAGCUUGAAGAAUCCCAAAGAAAGAGUGAGGAGAAAGUUAUCUUCAGCUCCACUGAGACAUACCGUUUCGUCACAACAGAAGCUUGUGUCUCCACUGCAGAAACAUAGCCAGGAUAUGACAACCACUCAAAAUUUGGGAAAUACCUUGAAAAGGACCAAAUCACCAUUUCUGAGAAAAGUCACAAGGUCACAAGAGACCUCAUCGAUUACAAAAGAAACACUCACUACUACGAUACCUGGUCAACUAGGUGUAAUAAAGGAAGACUCACCAACAAUCUUGAGACCCAAAGAAGCUGCAAAGCCUAGCAAAAGCAGUGCUUCCCCUGAAACCAAAGCUUCUGCAUCUGCUGUUUCCAGGCAAUCACUACAGGGGAAGAGACCCACAACUAUUCCAAAGGAGCCGAAUUUUCAUACCAUCCACACGCCAAAGAGCUGCACGCGAAGAGUGGCUUAA